AUGGACGAAUCAUCUAAACGAGUCAAAGUUCCUCCCUUCGCCGGCCUCUCUCAGGCUCUUCCUUUACCGAGCAACGAGCAAUAUGCGCAAGAUCACCGCCCCUCUCCGAGCACUCAAGCAGACAACCUUCCAAAGAGAACCACCAUCGGCCUGCCUGAGAUACCCAUACUCAAAGGCCAGAACAACUUUGCCUUCUGGAUCUAUUGUGUCCAAGCCGCGUUGGAUGCUUGGGACUUGACACAGUUGAUCAACCCGAAUCUGCGUCGCCCCGACCGGACGAACGCUGAAUACGUACUUUGGCGAAAAUGGGCACUGCGCGUAUCGAGCUGGCUCAGAUUACACAUAUCAGAGGAGGUAGUGAGGGACCUUGUACUCGUUCAUAAACCGAACAUGUAUCCCGACGAGCUGAUCUGCACGAUCUCGCAGUUGCUCUUCUCCACUCUGCCUGACGUAUCGGGCGAUAACGUGUUCUUGUUCCCGAUAAGAGAAGAAUCCUUAACACGAUCGCACUAUGUGCUGACCUUGUGGGGCAGAAAACUGUACUCGGUUGCACAGCACAGGGAGGUGAAUUUGUUCAAAAUGUCAUUAUUCAUGCUGGCGGCUUUGGAUGAUGAGAUUCCCAUAACCGUUGCGGCUGAACGAGAUGUCCUUCUAAACGGCAGUUUCAUGACGAUGGAGGAGGCUCAGUUCAAUAAGUUGCUUGAGAGGCUUCUGUCUGCUACUGAGUAG